UUAACGUGUACAUAGGGGGCGGACGUGGACUAGGUCUCUGCAUGGCCGAAGGGCUUGUGGAAGCGGGCGGCAUGGUCCAUUGCCUCGAUCGAUUGCCCGAGCCGAACGAGGCUUUCGCAGAAGCUAAAGCACGCGUACAGAAUGAGUGCGGCGGUGGCCUGGCAUACCACCAAGUCGAUGUUACGCACAACGACGAGCUAGAAAAGUGCAUUGCCAACAUUGCAGCCGAGAAGCAAAGAUUGGACGGCUUGAUUGCUGGUACGUGAACUGUUCCAGUAGAAAGCGAGCACCUAGGGCUGAUGCGCCGUCCCCGCAGCGGCUGGGAUCCAGCAAGUGACGUCUGCUCUUGAUUUCAAGAAGGAAGAUAUUAUGAAGUUGAUAGAGGUAAACUACAUAGGCGUAUUUCUCUCUGCGCGUGCCUGCGCCCGUCAAAUGUACAAAUACAAGGUCCAGGGCUCGAUAUGUUUGAUCGCCUCGAUGAGCGGAACGAUUGCAAACCGUGGUUUCAUCUCGCCAGUAUACAACUCGUCCAAAGCUGCCGUCGUUCAACUGGGGCGUAAUCUGGCCAUGGAAUGGGGUAGAGAGAAUCCAGACGGUUCAGGCGGCAUUCGAGUCAACACGCUAAGCCCUGGACAUAUCGUAACGCCCAUGGUGGAAGAGAACUUUAGGAGGGGCGAGGCUAACCGAGAGGAAUGGGAGAACAACAGCAUGCUUGGGAGACUAAGCACCCCGGACGAGUAUAAGGCCGCAGGGCUGUUUCUGCUGAGUCGGGCGAGUAGCUACAUGACUGGCCAUGACAUGAAGAUUGAUGGCGGCACCACGGCGUGGUGAGAUGUUGGGCUUCUUUUCGUAAUACCCAUGGACAAAUGUACCUUAGCGACAUUACUGACGUUCGUUUGAUCCAACGACUUAUGAUACAGUGGACCUCUGCUGUUUCUCUUAUCCUGCUGUUCUCGGUCGGGGUUUCUGGUUGUUUGCCGCGUUUAGAUCACGUUCGUUGGGUGUUAAUGUACCCAUCAAACUCGAGUCUUGAACAAGCACCCAAAACUG